CGCCGUUUUGCUCGUUACGUAGUUCACACUUGGCGCGAAGAUCGUCAUGUGAGCGGAUGACGACACAAAUGAGCGGAUGACGACAAAAGGCGUCAUCCGCGGAGUAUUAAAUGUCUGCAGAGCGGCCGCUGACUCACACUGGAAGACAUCCCGGGGCACCAGCGGAGAUCGGUUGAUCGAUCAGAGUUAUUGAUUAGGAGCGGGUUGUGUUGCGUGAAACUCAGCCUGAAGUGUUCACUUUCUGGACUCCCCUCAGGUUCCGCGUCGCUCCGCUGACGGCAGCCGCCAUGCCGCCGGUGUUAACCAUGUCCAGCAGGAACUAUGACUAUGAUUAUGACACGGUUCAGCCUUACUUCCUCCUCGACUGUGAAGAAGAGGACUUCUACCUUCCUCCUCGCAGCCAGCUGCUCCCAGGACCCGGCGAGGACAUCUGGAAGAAGUUCGAGCUGCUGCCGACGCCUCCUCUGUCCCCCAGCCGGAGACCCUCCCUGUCCGACGUCCCGUUGUCCACCGCCGAACACCUGGAGGCGGUUUCGGAGCUGCUGGAUGAGGACUGCAACCCCUCUGCAGCCUUCCUCCAGUCCUUCAUCAUCCAGGACUGCAUGUGGAGCAGCAGCUUUGCCGCCGCCACCAAGCUGGAGAAGGUGGUGUCGGAGAGGCUGGCGUCGCUUCGGGCCCGUCGGGACUCCUCCGCAACCGACAGCGCUGACGCCAGCACAGACGCAGCAGCUGAUCAGCCGGUGAACACAGGGUACCUGCAGGACCUCCAUACGGCAGCGACGGACUGCAUCGACCCGUCCGUCGUGCUUCCUUACAGCACGCCGAGCAAGAAGAGCGGCGGCGACGGAGCAUCGAUGGAGGAGGCGUCGCCGCUGUGUCUGGACUCACCACCACUCAGCAGCAGUGACAGCGAAUCAGCAGAAGAAGAAGUGGAGGGAGGAGAGGAGGACGAAGAGAUCGACGUGGUGACGGUGGACCGGCGAAAGGCGUCGCGGCGGCCAGACGGCAGCAGCAGACCGGACGCCUCCCCGCUGGUGCUGAAACGCUCGCACAUCAACAUCCACCAGCACAACUACGCCGCCCGGCAGCCCGCGGGGAAACGGCCGAAGGCGGAGGGCGGCGGCCGCAGGUGCUGGAGUCCACGGUCUGACGGCGAGGACGACAAGGACAAACGCAGGACGCACAACGUGCUGGAGAGGCAGCGCAGGAACGAGCUGAAGAGGAGCUUCGCCGCCCUGAGGGAUGAAGUCCCGGCGGUGGCCAACAACGACAAAGCAGCCAAGGUGGUCAUCCUGAAAACGGCGACGGAGUUCAUCGCGGAGGUCCGAGAGGACGAGAGGAGGCUGCUGACGACGAAGGAGCAGCUGAGGAAGAGGAGCAGGCAGCUGAGACACAGACUGGAGCAGCUGAGGACUUCACUUUAACUCCAUCAGCUCCUCUUCGUCACGUGUUCAUGUUGGAACUGAACUCAGAUGCUGCAGUGAAUCAUUACUGAUGACUGAGUGAACAGGAAGUGGCUGCUGGUCUGGCAUCAGUCAGACCGUCUGUUCGUAUUUAUUGUGUUUUUAUUGUCAUUUUAAUUUAAGACAGUCCUGUGAGUUUUGCACUACAUGGAGACGUCCUGUUGGGAGCAGCAGGUUUCACUGGAGCCUGAGGCCGACUGCGACUCUCACGUGAUAAUCUGUCAUUUCAGAUUAUUUAACCCGCGAUUCAUCCCCAAAGUCUAACUGUGUUUUAGGCCCUUUGUCACAUAGUUUAUAUUUUUAUAUGUUUUCCCUCUUUGACUGAUUCUGUGGAAAAUGAGCUGCACGAGCGGAAGUGCAUCAGACACACUGCAAACCCUUCAAAAUAAAAGCCCUUCAUACUGUCAGA